AUGGAACUGAUAAAACCGGCGGGUGGCCUCGCGAUGUUGCUGGUAUGGGAGCUCGGAGUUCCUGUGCCAUGGAAAUGGGUUGCGCCGCAUCGCAUUCAGGUCGAACGCCUCAUGUGCAUUGGUAGGGGGCCGACUGGUGAAGAUCACUGCGAGUUCCCUAUCUCGAACGCUGCUGAUCAGGCUAUUAAACGUCAGGGCCUCGUCGCCGAGGGGAGGAAAGGCGCGAAAAGAAAGGUGUUCCAACGCAAUGUAGAAGUCGAUAAAAUUGUCGUCCUCGUGUUGGACAAUCAGGGCUGUAUGGGUGACCUCAGCACGCGGACUUCGGUGCUCGGUGCCAUUAAGAACUGUUGCUUCGAAGACAAAUUCCAUGCUGACCUAUGCUCCGACGCCGAUGACCUUUUUAGCAAGCUGCUCUUACGUCUUUGUGGUCCGGAAGAUAAACUAGAUUUGAAGGACAUUCAGAGCCUUUCCCCUGUCCUACAAUCUGUCUACGGCACCGAAAAGGCCCUACGUGAAUCCGAUUCCAUUCUAAAGAACACAAUUUGCGAAGCAUUAUUACAAGCCGUUCCCGAUGGCUGGGGCUCAGGCAUCCUGGUCCAUGUCUACAAGAAGGGAGAUAAGACAAUAUGUGGGAUCUACCGCACCAUAAAUCUUAUAGAUGUUGCUGCAAACAUCUUCGCUAUUGUUCUUAAGCGCUUCCAAUCUGUGCGUGACUCCAGGACGCGGCCCAACCAAGCCGGAUUCCGCGCUGGGCUUGGAUGUGCGGACCAGAUAUUUACACUGAGGCGCAUUCUAGAAUUCUGCCAUAGCUAUCAGCAACCAACGGCCGUCUGCUUUGUCUACUUCGCCGCCGUAUUCGAUUCCAUCCAUCGUGAGUCCCCGUGGCGAAUAAUGGAACUAGAUGGAGUGCCGACCAAACUCAUUGCAAUGAUUAAGGCCUACUAUCGGUCCACCACCGCACGAGUUCUGGUCCACAAC